UUUUUUUUUUUUUUUUUUAAAUCAUAAUGUACACUCACAAAAGACCACCAUUACCUCCCCCUUUCGAUUACAUUGAUAGUGACAACCUGAUAUAGCUGAUCCUAUUUUUUUUCUACGUCCCACAAAAAUUAAGUACAUGCUUCUUCCGUCCAAAAAAUACUGGUAGACAACCAGCCAUCAUAAAAUGUGGGGUGUAUGAGAACAUAUGCUAAGAGUGUCACUCAUGCAAUACUGGACAGAUGAAGAGGCAAUCUCUGUUAUGCCCAAAAAACACUAUAGAAGCUGGAGAUUUAAGAAGCUAGAUUCAAUCUUUGACACACAAGGCUUAAACAAACACCACAAAUACAUAAUAGACGUAAACAUGCUAAAUACAAAGGGAAAGCGUGCAAAACUUACUUCAUUAAAAAUAUUAAUUAAGAAACAGAUGUGUGUAUCCCCACAUUUAUUAUUGUAGAAACCAAGUUUCAGGACUCCAAAGGACACAGAACAGUGGUGUGCAUGAUGAAACCUAGAAAUACAACAAGAGAUUCAGGCAGCGUUGCUCCACUGAUAUAUUCGUGCAGGCCGCCAGAAGAUGGUGCAGCGAAGAUAGGCCUAGGUGUAUGCUUCCUACCGGCGGCCUCUAAUGCCCAGCCCAUGCUAAUACAUUGGAUGGCGAUCCACACUCAGCACACUCGCACUGACUCAUACUAGUAGCAUGAUACAGCACAACUCUUCCUCAUGAAAUGUGGGUGCCCAGUUGACGUAGGAAACACUAGUGGAUUGACUACAGGCACACCCAUCGGAGCUGAUGCCAAUGAGGGGAAUAGGACAAUGUGCCAGGUGGGCACCGAAGUAUAGGGCUGCACCGUGCAGGGAUACUGGCUCAUCCGAGGGCGAUGGGCCUGCACGGUAGCCGGUGACAGCACCAGAGAGUAGGGUGCCAACAUCAUCUUUGUGUUGUCAUCAGCAAGCAGUCCCCAGUCCGGAGAAGACAGGGCUGGACCCACCCGCAACGAGGGCCAAGGCGAUGAUGACGAGGGGACCAUUGGAGGCAGUCCAGAUGGAACAGCAGGCUGCGGCAAUGGGCUCAAUGCCAAAGAUGGAGCAGCACCCGACGCUGGGAAGCUGGAACACCAGGGCGCCGCACGUGAAGGAGGCAACCAAUAGGAUGGAAGAAUCUUGAUGGCAGGCGCAAGGCAGUUGGCAACGGAGCAGGCUACGAUGACAGGAGCUACACUCGUGAAUUAGAAGCUUGCUACAGCGAGCUGAGGUGCAAAUGAUCAAAAUGACAUGCCACCAGCCUUCAGCCGAAAUGACAUGGCAUCAAGCUGUCAGCUGUAUGGUCAUCACAAAGACGACAACCCUAUUGGUGGACAACACUGGCUGGUAUCAACUUGGGCUGGAGAAAAACCCUCAUGUCCAUACUGGCAAUCCAAGUGCGAAGCGGCCGGUUGAAACCGACUGCAGCAGGUGAAGAGCAGGCCACAGAAGGUGGAGUAGCAAUGUGGCUGUUGGCAGUGAAGUAUCUCAGCUGGGCUCUGCUUCCCCAUAGGCGUGAAGCAGUUGGUGUUCAGAAAACAGAGAAGGGCAUCGUCCGGCAAAGAAUCCACAACAAAAUUUUUCAUUUGGGACUUGAACGUAUGCACUAGUCAUUGCAUCUUGCCAUUUGAUUGAGGGCAGAAUGGCAGAGCUGUAACAAGACGAAUGUCAUGACGACAACAAAACAACUGAAAGGUGUGAGAAACAAACAGGGGCUCGUUAUAAGAAACUAAGGCACAAGGCAAACCCACAAUAGAAAAUCUCUUCAAAAGUGUACACACACACCAAAGAAUGUAAGGAAACCAUAAAAAGGCACCCACAACCAAGAGCCAAUAGGAAUUCACGAAGGGACCCACAAAGUCUACAUGAAUGUGUGCCCUCAGCUUGCUGGGAGCGGCCUAGGGGGACAGAGAUGUCCUGGGAGGUGUCCAUUCUUGAGCAAACUACUCACAAGCCACAACAAAAUGGACAAUUUUGCCAUCAAUUCCUGGCCAAAAAAUGGGUCUCCUAGCUGCCCAGUGCCACUUAGCAGAUAAAGCAGAAAACUACUGAUGGUAUAAUUACAUGAACAGACACGACUGGCAUCAUAUUUGCCUUAGAAGUAAUGUAUAAUACUAAAAAGUUCAUUGUUUAAAAAAUCUGGCUGGCAGUGAAGAGGUUUUUGUUUUUAUUGUUUUAUUCUUUAAACAUUCUUCUAAAGACUGAAAUCUCUUGUUGGUCAUUUGAAUGCAAGUGGCAAUUUUAGUAUUGUUAUUUAUUUAUUAUUUUUUUGUUCAAUACUUAGAAAUAUCAGGUUGGAUCCUUCAAAUUAAUCUUUUUUUAUUCUUUCUUUCUUGAGUUUAAUGUCAACUCUGAUUCAUUUUAUUACAGUGUUUUGGAGAUACUGCACACAUAUACCAGUGCUUAAAAACACAAAAUUGUUUGUUUGCAUGUCAACAUAAAUUGAUCAGUUUUUUGUUUUGCUAGUACACUUAACUUGUUGCUAAGGAAAGCUUCCAUAUAAACAGUGCAUUGAACUAUUUAUAAUAUGAAUAGAGAGAAAUUUAUUUACGAAAAGGCAAGAGAGGAAAAAAAUUUGAAAUACUGUUAAAAUUGUUUCCAUCCGUAGCUGUUUGGUGAGUAGAUUUCUCCACUGUAUUAACAAGCAGCAUAUAUAUGCUUUCACAGAUGCCUGCACAUCCCGAGUCAACUUAUAAUCCCAUAAUAAGCACGAAAAUGAAAGAUUGAAAUAAAUAACCACCACACACACACACACACACACACACACACACACACACACACAAAUAAACAUGUACGUAAAUAAUAGUCCUUAUUUGGCCAGUUACUAGUUUCAUGGACUGGCAUGGGUAAAUCACAUACUUAUUUGUCCUUCUCUGGUCCCUUUUAGAAGACAGUGUUGAUCUCUCACACAUUAACUAAAUUUAUUCAAAAUUCAAAUACGUUUCCCAGUAUCAGUGCAGGUACGGGAGAGUGGUGUGCUGACCACAUGUCCCUCCAUAUCUGCAUCCAGUGAUGCUGUAGGCUAAGGAUGAAAUGGCGGAAGUCAAUAGUGUUGGGCCUUCAUGGCCUGUUUGGUCAGUAUUUUUUGCAGUAUAAACAUAUCCAUGUUAUCUUAAGGUUUUUUUUUUAUCAGUGAACAAGUCAGUCAUUUGUAUGAGCUAUUGUGCUGUGUUAUCUGUUGAAAUAAAUGCACUUCUUUCAAGAGUUUCCAGAUUUUUUUUUCUGGGUAUUCUAAUAUUACUUCAUCAGCAUUCAGUAUUUUUUAGUUCCUUCUUGUUGCUUCAAUAGUGUUUAAGAAGCUACUGAAUGAUAAUGAAUGAAGUACAGACCCCUGAAGUACACCAUACAUGAUAUUUUUGAUUUAAAAUCUGCAUCCAGUAUCUUUUUCAUUCAUUCAUUCAUUCACACAUCGUAUUUUGUAGGCCCCUAAAUCAAAUCUCAUCAUGAGAGAUAGCCUUCAUGGCAGAAGCAACUGCUGCUGAUUACUCCUGUAAAGAAUGCUAACAACGAAAUAUGACAAGCACUAAUUAUUAAAAUCGAUAAUUAUAGUGUUCACUUUUAGAUUACUUUACAUACAUAUGUUACAAGAAAAACAGCUACUUUGAAAGAAACUGCUGCUCGUCCUUCUAUACCACUUGGUUGUUGUCAAAUACUGCUUUUAGUUGCCAGCAUUUUGAAACAUAAUGGAUGCUGAGUUUCUCUUAACAGAUUCUGUUAGUCUAGAGACAGCUUUUAUGUAGCUCCCUCUUUUCGGAAGUGGUGAAGCACUUUAAUCAGAUUACAGUUUUUCUCUACGAAUUUCAUCAAUCUACUGUGUACAAGCAUUUCUCGUAUUUUGAGAAACUAGAUAUUAAAGAUACUAGUCUUUACUCAUUUGAAUCGUCCUUGUCACCUUUCCUGUAUAUAGGUACUACUACACCUAUUUUUAAUUUUCGUGAAAGUUCUCCACCAAACAAGCAGUUUGCUAUAUGCAGUGAUGGCUCAGUUAUUUUCCCACUAAAAUGCUUUAGAAGUUGAUUUAAUAUUUCACCAUCUCCUUCAGACUUCUUGAAAUUUAAUCCCUGAUUUAUAUUUCAUGCAUUCCCAAUUUGUCACUGUUUCUGGGAACACUGAGUUGGAUGAUUGUCCAAGUGUUCUAGGAUGCCUAUGUCUCUUGUGAUUCCUUUUACACACUAAAUUUUCUUACAGCAUCCAUUAAAUUGUUGUUUAGUACAUUAUCAAUAUUUACUCCAUCUGCAGCUAUGGUGUCCUCAGUUUUCUUUAACGUGGAAAUAUUUUUGUUGUAUGCUUUCUCCUUACUGUUAUCUUUCAGUGUUAGUUAUGCCUCAUGCUUUUUUACUUUUAGUUUUUGAAACUUAUUGUGGUUCUGUUCAUCAAACUUGCCUUAGCUUCUCUUAUUAAUUGGCUGUACCUCUUAUGAUAGUGUUAAUAUUUUCCAGAUUCCCUGCUUGUCUGAGAUCUUUUAGUUUAGUCCAUAGUUCAAUUAUUUCUUUCAUAAUCCAUUCCUUAUGGUGGCCUUGGUCAUUUUGGGGAAGUCUAAACGAGAAUGGUGCAGUAUUGUAUUAAGAAAUGCAUCAUAUGUCUCAUUUGUGUCUUGUGCUUACAUAGUUUCGUAACAACUAUCUUUCUCAGAGUAAUUUAAAAAAUUUCCUAAUAUGUUGCUUGACAUACCUAACUUUUUUCGUAAGAGAAACUCCUUAGGCCAAAACAAGCUUAACAGAUUUUCUUGAUUAGUUUAUGAGUGUGUUGACUCCACUGCAACUUCAUUAUGCAGUUAGUACACUAGAAAUUUUCUACAGUGUUCUAUCUAGUUUAUGGCGAUUAUUAUUUCUAGUGUUUGCUAGUCUUUAUUGCUUGUUUUAAACUGUGUAAUAUAAGUCUUUGUGAAAGUAAGAUUUCAACUGACUGUUGUGAACCAGUUGCAGGACUAUUAAGCUGUCGUUUGAGCUAUUUCUGGUAAUAUUGCACUUGACUUUACAUCAGUAUGCCUGUGUAAUUUUUUGAACUGUCCUUUAGUGUAGCUUAAUAACAAAAGCGGGACCUAGUACCAAUCCUUCUGGUACGUGACAAGUUACAUAUCCCCAUUCUGAGGCUAGUUUCAUGCCAAGGUACAGUCUAUCAGGCUUCUCGUUAUGAAAUAUUUUAUCUAUGUGGGAGGGAUGCCAUUGAUGGCAUAAGAUUUAGAUUUGUCAAGUAGAAUUCUGUGGUCCAUGCAAUCAAAGGCUUUCGGCAUGACCAUGGACUAUACCAAUGACAUAAUUUUUCUUGCUUAGCUCUGCUAGUACUUGACUCGCUACAUGUUGUACGGCUUCUUUAGAGAAUCCAGUAUUGAAUCAUAUGCCAGUUUCAUAAAAGCUUUUGAAAUGGUUUGCUCUAGUUUACAUAUGAAUGUUAAUACAAAAUACCUACAUCUGUCAGAAAAUAUGCCCAGAGUCAUUGUUUGAUUACAAAGAUAGCUUAAAGUCUGUUCUACCACGUCAGCACACGAUUUACUACUUUUCUUGAAAGAAACUCACAGCCUGUUGAACUAUCAUUUUUUUGGUGACCUGACUAAAUGCAAAGCCUACUUAAGUAAAUAUGUAAGUUAAUUUAGUUAUUUAGGAGUGGGUGCAAAGUUAACUGUCAUUGUGAGGAAGCAAUCAUUCAGUUUGAAGGCCAAAAGUUUGGAAUCUCUAAACUAUUUUGUCAUUCACCACAAAACAGAAAUAAUCUGGCCUUCCUUCCUAUCCCCCCCCCCCCCUCUUUGUGUAGGUCAGGCCAUGGGUAUUGUUGCUCAUAAAUCUCUUCCCACAAUUUCCUCUAAAUUCUAUGAUUGAUUCUUCUUUAGAAUUCUGUGAUGUAUAUGUUAUGAUCCAAACCCACCUAGUCAGCAUUAUUUAUUGUGAGCAUUUAACCAUUAUUGUCAGCUAAAUCAUUGGUUUUACAUCAAAAUCACUUAAUACUUGUGUGUGUGUGUGUGUGUGUGUAAAAAAAAAAAAAAAAAGAAUAUUGUACUAGGCCUAUGUCCUUUAAUCUUUGUAAGUAAUUUUAUUGUGGAAAAUAAUCAAGUGCUAUACAACUCUAAAUAUCAUUGACUGUUACUACUCUAGUCACAAGGGCAUAACAUUCUCAACUAAUAUGAUACUAUCUCAACUACCAUUUUUACCUUCAUCGCUGUGCCAUCACAGGUGGUGUGACAGUACUACAGUAAUUUCUGUCUGUUGGAGCACAUAUUCCCCAAAUGUUCUCCUUGGACCAUGAAGACUGUGUGUAUCAUUGACUUUCAAAACAGAACCAUGAGGUGGUGUUCCUAAAAUUUGGUUGUACCGUAACAUUAUCUACAAGAACAUGAUAUAUCUGCAAUAUCUCCUAACACAUAAAGAAAAAUGUGGAGAUUAGAAAGAAAAUCUGUGUAGCUAAUACUGAGGCAGAUUAUUGCAAAUUUUAAUAAAAACAUAUUAUCGAAAUUAAAUACGCCAUCGGCCAACAAAAUGUAAAGCUAUUGCGAAACCCAAAUUGAAACAUUUUGAUGCAAAAUACUAAGCAUUAGUAAAUAGUAACCUAAUUCUACAGCUGUCUAUGGUAAAGAAUUUCUAGUAUGCUAUUCUAUGGAAUUAUAAACAAAUGGAUCAGAAGUUUAAGAGUGUAACACUAUCAAGCACAUAACAGAUAAAUAAUUCAGUUAACACACAAACAACACAGUACUGCAAUCAAGUAGCAACGUAAUGAAAAACCAUAAAAUAGUAACGAUACAUCAGCCGCUCAAGAACGUCCUGAAAAUGAAGUGACAUAUUGAAGUCUCCUUUAAUAUGCAUAUUUAAUCGCUAUUUCUAUUGUUAAAACACUGAAAUCAACAGUAUUCUUUUGGAGAAAUGUUGUACUAAUGUCGAGGCACCGCAAACAGAAACAGAGCUUUUGGCACUGUCAUCGUCGCAAAUAUUCACACAGUUGGAUAUUUUCACGGAAUUUCCUUCGUCCACUGCAAAAGCUGUUCAAACACGCACCUGAUUCAUUAAUAACAAAAUAACAACGGAAAAACAAUGCAACGUCGUACUGCAGUGUCGAACUACGUAUAUUGAAAAUGGAUGCCUAUCCGAGGACCCUUCACUACGUUAACCAAGAUACGAGUUGGACGGACCAAGGCUCCUCCAAAACUUCAUCCAGAAACGGUCAACUCAACAUCAAAUCAAUGGCUGAUCAACAAGGAAAGAGAGAUGAUUCGAAAACAAACCUUAUCAUCAAUUACUUACCACAGACUCUGACAGAAAAAGAGCUGUACAACAUGUUUGUAACAAUCGGCCCAGUUGAGAGCUGUCGAGUAAUGAAGCAUUACAAGACUGGAUACAGCUAUGGUUUUGGUUUUGUGAAUUACCAAAAACCUGAGGAUGCUAUUCGUGCCAUCGCAACACUAAAUGGAUUCCAGGUGCAGAAUAAAAGAUUGAAAGUUUCUUUUGCACGACCAUCGGGUUAUGAUAUUAAAGAUACGAAUCUCUAUGUAACAAACUUGCCACGAAACAUUACUGAGGAGUACUUGGAUAAAUUAUUUGGGAAAUAUGGUACAAUUGUGCAGAAGAACUUACUUAAAGACAAAAUAACAGGACUUCCAAGAGGUGUUGCGUUUGUGAGGUAUGACCGCCGUGAAGAGGCUCAGCUGGCAAUAAACAACCUUAAUGGUGUUAUACCUGAGGAUGGUACUGAACCUCUUACGGUGAAAGUUGCUGAAGAGCAUGGUAAGCAGAAGGCAGCUUAUUAUGCAGGAUGGCAGGCAGGCUUCAAUCAAAGCAGAGGCGGCGGAACUACUGCUCGUGGUGGUGCACGGGGAGGUUUAAUAACACGAACGGGGGUUGCUGCUCGUGGAGCAGGCGUAUUAAGUGCUGGAGGACAACCAGGCGUCAUGAGACAAGAUAAAACAUAUAACCGAUAUAAUCCCAUUGGUAUGGGUGGAGGAUACAGUUUGUACAACUGGAAUUAACAGUCACA